UUCAAUGAGCGCGUUACGCGUCGCAUUAUCCAAUCAAAACGUCCAAUUUACAAUUUUAUUACAUUACAAAGAAUGUUACAAAAUGAGAUAUUUUGAUUGGUUAAUUCUGAUAACGCGACGCGUGACGCGCUCAGUGGAAACUCAGCCUCCGUGUCACUCGGUUAGGCGCGUCGACUGAUUCGAACUCUCUCGCCAUGUCGCGGUUUCUUCUGUUCUUUUCGCAAGUCGUUAUCCUGUUUCUCUCGGCGCGGGCCUCGUCGGAGAUGAAGAAGCCGACCUGCCAGGACAACGGCAACGUUACAACGUUACAACAUUUCGGUUACAACGUUCGCCACUACGAGGGGGUACUCAUCGAAGUGACGCCGCAAAGUCGUUUCGAUUACGAACUGGACAAACUGAACCUCAUGAACCUGGGUCUCUGGACGAUUCAAGAGAAUGCCUUCAAGAACGUGUCGGCGACAUCCUUGGAUCUGAGUAGCAACUGGAUAUUCGUGCUGAAGAGGGAAUCUUUCCGCGGUUUGCCCAACUUGGAGAUGCUCUCCUUGUACCGCAAUGUGGUACCGUUAUGGGGGUACUUGUUCGCGGAUUUGAGAAAUCUGACGUCGCUGAAUUUGGAUUCCAACAAGAUCAAUUCGAUACCGAUGGACACGUUCGCCGGGCUGUCAAGCUUGAAAAGUCUCUCCCUGUUUGACAACGAUAUCGAAGCGAUCGAGGCGGAAUCCUUUUCGAGUCUUAAUCCCGGACUGCUGAGCCUUUGGCUCUCCAGGAAUAAAAUCUCUCGCGUUGCGCCGAAUUCCUUCGCCGGGUUAACCGAAUUGAAUAGCCUCAACUUGGCCGACAAUCGGCUAGAGGACUUGCCGAGCUGUAUUUUUCGAGGAUUGAACAAGCUGCAGGAACUUUACUUAAAUGACAAUCGGAUAACAAGCGUCUCCAGGUCGCUCCUUCGCGACUUGGUCGGUCUGCAGCUAAUCGAUCUUCAGCGGAACGAGAUCAGCGCUCUCGAGCCGGAUACGUUCAGGGAUCUAUCUCAGCUGAUACAACUGAACCUGAAGAAAAACAAACUGUCUCACAUUGCAGUCGGCACUUUUGCCGGGCUCUCCAAUCUGAAAUACAUUUAUCUGUCCUACAAUAAGAUCCAGACAGUGGAUAAUGGCACUUUCACUGGUCUUGUCAAACUGCGAGCUCUGUACUUCGGUGGCAACAACUUCACUGAAAUCCGCAAAGAACUCAGCGGCCUCCCAUAUGUCAUAUUAAAAAAAAGGACUUAAAAAUUUGUUUGUAUCUCACAAAGGGACAAAACCUUGACCUCUUGAAUUUUGCUAAAUUUUUAGCUACAGUACACUCCAUUCACUAAUAUAUAAUAUACAGCAACGGUCCAAUGCGCAAUAGUUUAUUAAAUAUUAAUGUUAAAAAUGUUUUUUUCGAUAUUAAUAAUCAAUAAACCAUGCUUAUGCAAAGAAGUUGCAUUCAUAAAAUGUGCAAAUUCGUAAUGUAUCUUAAAUGUUUCUAUGAUAGAUACUCUUCAAAAACAUGUACA